GCCAUAUGUGGACCUAGUGAAUAUCCUGCUCACCUGUGGCGAGGAGGUGAAAAAGGCAAUAACAAGAAGUGUCCAGGCCCAGUGCGAACAGAACUGGGGAAGUCUCUGCUCCAUCCUGAGCUUCUGCACCUCGGCUGUGCACGGUGACACCAUCCUGAGUCCUGAGAAGAAGCUGGGUGAAGCCAGCAAAGCCACUUCUGGCCGCGGGGACAUGCUGGCCCACUCCGACUCUGACCACAGAGAGAGCUCGCGAGCAUCUAAGGGAGAGAGAGGUACUAAGGGCCACUUGAAUGCCCAUGCCCGCGUGAAAGCUGGGGGCCACGGUCCCAAAGGGGCACACGGGAUCAUGGACCGGGCAGACGAACUGUCCGACUUCUCUGACAUCCGGAGGUGA